CUGUAAAGUUGAAUAUUACACUGAUACACGUGUGUCUUCUCCUGAUCCUACCCUCUCCGCCAAUUCUAAGAAAAGGUGACGAAUAGGAAUCAUUUUAGAAAAGUGUUUUACAACCACCAACGAAAUCAUCCGGAUUUUAAGAAAACCAUUUCCUGUUCAUUAUGUGAACUUUGAACGCUAGGGCUUGAGCUGAAUCUUGCCGAAGUGGAUUUAUCUGCAGAUAAAAAGACCGAAGCAUGGUGUCAAGUGGUCUGCUUAUCCUGACACAGCCCCUCACAGCUCUGCGAGGACAGAUUCCCUCGCUACUCCAACGCGUGUCCCAAGUGGUGUCCGAUACACUCUACGUUCACCUCCAGCCAAUCAAGACAAGGAACUCCAACACCAAGUUCCUUCUCUCCCCAGUCCCUGUUACCUCAGAGAUAAGGAAAGUUGUGAAGGACAUCUAUUCCAUUGGUUCCACAGUCUGCCGACAGUUAGACAUCCGGGUCCUGCUGAGUCAUAUCACAAACCAUGAUCUGAAGUUAGCAAAAUAUCCUUUACUGAGGGAAUACAGCCUAGUUAUCCUAGACAACACCCCAACAUCAAAUGAGUUGUCUGAGGACAAAGGAUUUCUGUUGGAACAGGUCAAGUCAUUGUUUUUGACAGAUGCAGAUGUGGACUUCCAUAUACUUGACCCACAAAUUAGUUCUAGUUCCAGUUCUGAUCUCUCGGAUGAUCCUGUUCUUACAACAUAUAAAAAUGUUGUAUUAGGCGGAACCUUUGAUAGACUGCAUGUUGGUCACAAGAUUCUACUGAGUGAAGGCUGCAUGUUUGCUAACAAGAAGCUAACUGUAGGUAUCUCUGAAGGUAAGAUGAACGACAAGAAGGUUGUUGCAGAGCUUAUGGAACCCCUGUCUGUGCGGACUUCAGCCGUGGAAGAUUUCAUAAAGGACAUAAAACCGACAAUUGAACCUGAUGCGGUGACCAUAUUUGAUGCCUAUGGACCAACUGUCACGGACCCUGACUUUCAGUGCAUCAUUCUGAGUGAUGAGACCCGGAAGGGUGGUGCUAUGGUUAAUACCGAGCGAGAGAAACAAGGGAUGAACAGACUUGAACAGGUAGUGAUUGAUCUCGUGGCCGACAACAGCCACACCCCGGAUGAAGAUGAUAAAGUCAGCUCCUCCUCUUUAAGGAAACGUCUUCUUGGAGCUCUGCUGAAACCUGUUGUCAACUCCAACGUGCCCAAAUCACCGUACAGGAUUGGCCUGACUGGGGGAACAGCUAGUGGGAAAUCCUCCAUCUGUAGAAGACUUGAAGGAUUAGGAGCAGGAGUAGUGGAUUGUGAUAAACUUGGACACAAAGCUUAUAAACCUGGGACACUUGCCUAUGAUAAGAUCAAACAAACCUUUGGGGAAGAUAUUGUGGGCUCAGAUGGGGAGAUUGAUCGGAAGAAGCUGGGCGGUAUUGUGUUUUCAGACCGGAGUAAACUUGAUGAAUUAAACAAAAUUGUUUGGCCAGAAAUUAUGAAACUAGCCGAGGCAGAAAUUAGUAGGUUUCAGGAGAGCGGGAAGGAGGUUGUGAUCUUAGAUGCAGCUGUGUUGCUGGAGGCUGGAUGGAACAGCAGGGUGCAUGAGGUCUGGUCAGCGUUUGUACCUCGCGUUGAAGCCACCAAGAGGUUGAUGGAGAGGAAUAGCUUGUCGGAAGAAGAAGCAGUAAAGAGACUUGAUGCCCAGCUGACCAAUCAGGACCGCCUUGCACAAGCUAAUGUGACCCUGUGUACGAUGUGGGAGUAUGACUGCACACAGAGACAGUGUGAGAAGGCAUGGAGACUGCUCCAAGACAGGAUCAGCAGAGGGGCAAAGCUCUAGUUGAUAUCACAACAGGAUUACAAUAGUGUCACCAGCCCAUUUCCAGAUUUAAACGCAGGGGUUAAUCCAAAUGGGUUUGUACAGAAAUAGAAAUAUACGGUAAAUUACAACACAAGAUCAAUGAAUGAUUUUAAUAAUAAUUUAAUGAAUAAUUUUAUAGAAGCUCAAAGUUUUAAUUUUACAGUGAGUGAAUAGGUGACAUCACCAAUAAGGCAACAAGCCCCCAAAAAUGUCACAUGUACACGUUUGUAUCAUUUCGUUCUGAUACUUUGAUAUUGAUGCACCAAACUUUAUAUGUAGACAAAUUGAAGACUGACUGGGUCAUCAUGAAGAGUACAAAUAAAUAAAUUUUCACAUAUUUUUCUAAGGUUCACUCACUUAUCAGCUGAUUUGUUUUCCUGAUCUAGCAUUACUCCAGAACUGACACCCAAGGUGUUUCCGAUGUAAUUGUAAUCACUACCAACCUUUUUUUCAGGAGUGCAUUCUUUUUUUAUUUUUAAUGGGUUGCAUGUUGGUUUUUUCAGUGAUUGAAUUUUGAUUUUUGUGCUGCAUGGGAUGCAGGAUUCUGAUAACAAACUACAAUAUUUACACAGAGAAGUACCCAGUGUGAUAAACUGUGAUGUGUGUGGACAAUACUUGCUGCUAUUUACUUUCUCCUUAGGUCACAGGGUAGGCUCAUCACUAGAUUCGUCAGUGUAUGCAUGAUGAGCAUCCUCCAGUUAGUGUUAUCUUUUCUAUUAUCAUGAUAAUGAUAAUUCUCUCGACCCAUUCACCAUCAUACCUCUUAUUUUCAAAUGACACAACUCUAAGAGUAUAUGUCCAGUCACAUUACAUCCUAAUCCUUCUUCAUGAUUGAAACCAGUGGGAUACCACUUGUACUUGAGGCCACUGUCAGGUGCCAUGUCCAAAACAACAUCAACACCCAGGGGGAUGGGUCUUUACUCUAUCUUUUUACUCAGGAAAAUAUUUUCCUUUUUUUUUCAGAAGAGGCAUUUUGUAGGAUAAAACGUUUUAUGAAAUUUUAGUUAAUAAGUUAGAUGAAACACUUCCCCUCAGGUUUUUAUGAGAUUUAAGAACAUAAUCCAAGGGAUAUAACCCCGGGGCGUUAUCCCCAGGGUUUUAUCCGGAGGAUGAGGGUUUUAAAUCUCAUAAAAACCUGAGGGGAAGUGUUUUGUCUAACUUAUAAACCGAAGAAAAACUUUAAAAAAUCAAUAUUUUUAUGUUUCAAACAUACUUUCCAAGAUCCUUAAGAAACGGGCGUAAAAUAUCUGUUGCUAGCGUGCGGUUACUUGGAAAGGAAUUAUUAAAAGCAUUAUGAUUUAUCAGCGCCUCUCUAGCUUAUUGUAACACUCAAUGGGCUACAGAUACGUAGGUUGCGUGUUCGAUCCGCGGGAAUAUAACGAAAAAAAAUAGAUUUGAUGUUACAUUUCAUAACAUUGUGUUAAAAUCCAAAAUAAUUGUCUUUCUAGAAACCUGCAUAUGCAUAUGUUACAAUAUAAGCGGAAGUUGUAUUAAUAAAAUCCCGGUGAUAUUUUAACAUAUUAUAUAGCAAAUAUCCCCCGGAUAGUAUAACAUCCAUAUACAUGAGAUUUAACCCCUCUGGAGGAAAAUAGGAUGACGUCACUGGAGAUUUAUGAUUCAAGCUAAAGAAUGAUAGAUCAUGUGCUAAGAGGGAUUUACAAACGAAGCUAUGUUGGUUAAUGGGUCCAGGGGAUUUAAUCUAUUAGAAUGGAGAUGUUAUUCCCUGGACGAUCAAGGAUGAGCUGAAAACAAUCUUGUUCACAGACUGCUUUUUCUCUUUGCCCGAUUCAUAGUUUAUUUUUUAUCAGGGACAGAUGUUUGUUUAUGUGUGUUGAUUGUUGAUCAUGUUAAUUGUUACAGAUAUUUUAGUGAUAUUAAUGUUGGCUACUGCACGUGUGUGAGUGAAACAAUGUGACACAACCCAGGUAAAUUGUUUGUUUGUUGUCCUGGUGUAAGGCUUAUUAUGAAUCUUGGUUGACAGUGAUAUUGAGCUGUGUGUAUAUGUCAUAAUGUUUGUAUAAUGGAUAAUAAAAACAGUUGCCACAAGUAUCCAGAGUGGAUGGUGGGUAAAAUGAAAUAAACUGAAAUGUAAA